GAGUUUGACGCAGUGAUCCCUGCGCUUUUUCACUCCAAAUCAUCCUCUGGAGAGGCCGGGACGCAACUUCUUCUUCUUUUUUUUCUUUUACAUCCUCCUCUUUGGUAGAUUUUCUUACAAUCGACAACAAGUUGGAAAUAAAUGUUUUAACUGUUUCUACCUCCAGAACUUGUUGAUGGUCCUUCAUAUCGGACAAUAAGCGGUAAUGGCAGAAUCUGACACGCAGGAGACUCGCCAAGCCGCAAAGGAUUCGCCGUUUUCCAUCAAGAACCUGCUCAACAUCGAAGACAAACCCUCGAAGCAAGCACCCGCCCUCGGGUCCUCCAAAGUCUUUGAAGGCACGUUUUUCUCCAGGCUCAGCGAUCUGUCUCUGCCCAGAUUUGAGCUGCCCGGGCAGAGGAUCGGACUGUCAGCGCAGUAUUUGGAGAGAGCGUCUGCCUGGUGGUAUCCAUACACGCUGGGAGCGCACUUUAGGACUGCGUCGGCAGGUUCGGGGAAAAUCAGCCAGAGGGAAGAAGACAGGCGCUCGCCGGACCUCCAAAAAAGCGACCGAGAUGCCAAAGAGGAGAGCGCCGACGACGACCUGGCGCUGGACGAGAGCGACGCCGACGAGUCCAAGAAGGAAACCGACCCGGAGGAGGACUGGAAGAGAAAACCGGACGAGCUGGACCCCGACAAGAAGCCCUGUCGCAAGAAGAAGACGCGCACGGUGUUCUCCAGGAGCCAGGUGUUCCAGCUGGAGUCCACCUUCGACAUCAAGCGCUACCUGAGCAGCUCGGAGCGCGCCGGCCUGGCCGCGUCGCUGCACCUCACCGAGACGCAGGUGAAGAUCUGGUUCCAGAACCGGAGGAACAAGUGGAAGAGGCAGCUGGCCGCCGAGCUGGAAGCGGCGAACAUGAGCCACGCAGCGGCUCAGAGGAUCGUGCGGGUGCCGAUACUUUACCACGAGAGCGGGGCCUCGGACGCGAGCGGCAGCCCCGGUACGAACUCGCCGGGCGGCCAGUCACUGCUGGCUUUCCCCCAUCACAUGUACUAUUCCCAUCCCACGCCGCUGCUGAGGCCGGUUUAACAGUACUUGUGCUUUUAAACUGGAGCAGUUGAAAAGAAAAAA